GCCUAAAGGAACUUGUCACUCAGUAUUGGCUUUACUGGCAAAUUCUUCGCCACCUACCUUAAUUUCUUCUGUACAGCGUCCAACAGGAGACUGCAAGUGUGACACUAAUAUGAGGAAGCCUUUACAUGCCCCAGACCCUGGAGAACAUCAGGAGCCAGUCGGUUGUUGUGUUUAGAGGACUAUGCUCUCCUCGACACCGUAAGGCAAGCGCUCGUGCUAAACCAGCCAGAUCAGCCUCACAGCCAGCCUGAGCCUCAGCCUCCACCUAUGCAACAGCGAUGGAAUUGAUGCUCCCAGGUGCUGACAUGGGGCCCCAGAAGGACUCCUUCCCCCUGAGCAGAAGGCAUCACUACCUCCACGUCCGGAGAAAAUUGAGGCCCAUAAGGAUUCUAGCUUUCGUCCUCAGCAUUGUGACUCUCAGCACAGUCUUCUCAUUGGGUGCCUUCCAGUGGACUACUUCUUCUACUGGGCUCGCUGGAAAUGGAGGUGAUCUACUUUCCUCCUCCCCCGCUGCUAUGUCCGGGGGAGACCUACUGCAGUCGGCCCCCCGCAGAACACUGCUCACCACCAAGCACCAGGGAGGCCACAACGUCUCUAUGAUGGAGGACAUGCCCGUGGCCAUGAAGUCUUCCAUGGAUGAGAUGAACCAGGGGGACUACCCCACGGAUCUCUUCAACCUGGAGGAGAGAAGGCAGGGGGCUGUGGGUCUGCACAUGUUUGGGAUGUUGUACAUGUUCAUCGCCUUAGCCAUUGUGUGCGACGAGUUCUUUGUCCCGGCCCUAACUGUGAUCACAGAGAAACUUCAAAUCUCGGAUGACGUUGCCGGGGCAACCUUCAUGGCGGCCGGGGGUUCUGCCCCGGAGCUUUUCACUUCCGUCAUCGGGGUGUUCAUCUCCCACAGCAACGUGGGCAUAGGAACCAUUGUGGGUUCGGCCGUGUUCAACAUCCUGUUUGUCAUCGGGAUGUGCGCGUUGUUCUCCAAGGAGGUUCUCCAGCUGACCUGGUGGCCCCUCUUUAGAGACGUCUCCUUCUACAUCAUUGGUCUGUUGAUGCUCAUCCUGUUUUUUUUGGAUAACCAGAUCUUUCUGUGGGAAAGUAUCGCCUUGCUGAUGUGCUACUUGAGUUAUGUGACAUUUAUGAAGUUCAAUGCAGAUGUAGAGACCUUCAUAAAGAGUAAAUUGGGCCAGAAUCAAGUGGAUGAGGUGGAGGCCGCUCCUAAGGCAACCACGGGUGACGACGAAAACAAGUUGACGGCCAAGCCCCGUCUCCAGAGAGGAGGCUCAUCAGCCUCCCUCCACAACACCCUGAUGAGGAAUAGCAUCUUCCAGCUUAUGAUCCACACCCUGGACCCUCUCAGUGAGGGUGAGGGACUGGGGGGGAGAUUCAAAGAGAAGGCCUCCAUUCUCCACAAGAUGGCUAAACAGAAAUGUCAAGAUGGCGGGGAUGGGGAAAAACCCAACGGUGUCGCAGACAAAAACAUCCCGAACAGUUCCAACGUCACAGUGGAAGUCACUUCGCCUGCAAACGGCGACAUAGGACCGGCGGAGGAGGAGGAAGAUGAGGAUGCUCCUCUGAGUUUGGAGUGGCCGGAGACGAACCGCAAACGAAUAACGUAUCUCCUUAUCCUCCCCAUCGUCUUCCCCCUGUGGCUCUCUCUGCCGGAUGUCAGGAGAGAGACUUCCACAAAAUUCUUCCCCAUAACUUUCAUUGGUUCCAUCUGUUGGAUUGCUGCCUUCUCCUACCUCAUGGUGUGGUGGGCUCAUCAGGUUGGAGAGACCUUCUGGAUUACAGAGGAGAUCAUGGGAUUGACCAUAUUAGCAGCUGGUACAUCAAUCCCUGAUCUAAUCACCAGUGUCAUUGUAGCCCGGAAAGGCCUUGGUGACAUGGCUGUGUCCAGCUCUGUGGGCUCCAACAUAUUUGACAUUACCGUGGGCCUGCCGUUCCCUUGGCUCAUCUACGGCCUGGUCAAUGACUUCAAGGCGGUGCAGGUGAGCAGCAACGGCCUGUUCUGCGCCAUCGUGCUCCUCUUCCUCAUGUUGCUCUUCGUCAUCAUCUCCAUCGCCUCCUGCAAGUGGAAGAUGAGCAAGGUGCUGGGAGGCCUCAUGUUUUUACUCUACAUCUUCUUCCUGGUAACCAGCGUCAUGCUGGAAGACAAGAUCAUCAUGUGUCCCAUCUCCAUCUGAAGGCCCCUCUUCAACCCCAACCUCCUGGAAACACAAACACACCUUCUCUCUCAUACACACACAUACAGUACACACAAUCAUUUGAUCCUCCCGUUGUCAAUGGGGGCUUCCAUUGGGAGGAGCAGUAGAAAACUAGCAUGACUUGAUUGAUUGAUUCCAAAUGCCCGAGCCCAACCUGCAAAUGAUAAUUUGUGAACUUUGAGCAGGGCAGACGGACCUGUCGAUGAGGGAUUGAUUCACGAUGCUACUGCCCAAUGGGAUGGGUUUCUCUCCACGUCACAUGACCACAUCCGAGAGCUUCCAUUGGUUUAAAUCUGUCGUUGACUGGCAAACAGGCGAUUGUAAUCACGCCCAUUUCGGAGAGUAGGGGACCACGUCUGGUUACUCCAAUCCAGAGGACUAUGUGAUAUGAUUUAGAGAAUAGAUUUGAAUAUUUCAGGUAUCUACUGUCCAUCCGGUAAAAACUUUGAUGGCUGUAUGAAGUGGAGCUCUGGAAAAGGUCCUGCAGGUCCUAACCAGAAAGUGGAACCUGGCAGAGAAAUGGAAGAGAGGUUCAACAGAUGCAAGAAAUAUCAAGGCAUGAGGAACAUGGUUGGAUGCACCAACAGGUAGAUUAAAGAGCAGCACCUCAGCUUUCAUAGAGUUUACCGAACUCCAGUAAAAUCGCGAUCAAUUUGCACAGGUCCUUGCUAUAAGAGUGUCUGAGGAUUGCGUGGAUCAAGCGGAAGUGUUUUUCUUGAUUUUUGUAAAUUAGUUGUCAGUUGUAUUUAUAUUACAAUUGCUUACUUUGCAAAACCCAAAAGGUUUUUGUUCUCAAAUCAAAAUCUAGAAUUUGUACAGUUCUGAUUGGGCUUAUAACUGUUACAUGUUUGUAUGGACUUGCAAAGUUUGGAAAGGUAAAAGUGUAAAUGAAGAGAAAAUGGUAGUAAUAUGACGAGGGUGGUUUUGUUUGGGACAAUUUUGUGAAUUAAAUAUAAUGUAGUAUUUCUAAUGUAUCUUCUGUUUCUUAAACCCAACCCAUAUUUUCAAACUUGUUUGACAUAUAAUAUUAAGGUGAAUCCAGUUGAGCAAAUCUAUUGUACCUAAUGCUACAACAAUUUUAUGGUUGAAAAUGUAACAAUACCAUUUUUUUCCCCGGUAAAAGAUAUAUACACUGUGCUCCACUUAUUCUGUACGCAAAUCAGCUGAGGAACAUGACAAGUGUAAAUAGUUCAAAUGGUCGACAGGUGUGAUGUAGGGACACACUUUUUCAACCCCUUUUAAUCAAAUGUAUUUAUAAAGCCCCUUUAACAUCAGCAGAUGUGACAAAGUCCUAUACAGAAAUCAAGACUAAAACCCCAAACAAUGCAAACGUAGAAGCAGAUGUGAAGUGAAAAUAUAUAUAAAGGGGUUGUGAACUCUGUACAAAUGAUCAGUUUUCCAUGUUUGAUACAGUUUGUAUGCUUCAGAAUCAUAUAGGGAUAUAAAUAUCUAUUUUUUUAUUCGUUAUUUGUUUGCUUAUUUUCUCUGUAUAAUAGAGCAAACAGUAACAUGUAUAUCUGAAUAACAUCCUGUUUUUUUCUCUCACUUGUGAUCAACUGAACAGAAUAAGGGGUUUAAGAUUUUAUAUUGACCAAAAGCAAAACAGCAUGUCAAUGAUAUUCUCAGAAUAAUCGAUAGUUCUACACUGUAAAAAAAAAAAUCUAUAUGUUUCUUCUUCACUAUAAGAUCGAUCAUAAAAAAAUGUCAAACUAUUUAUUUGCUUCAGAAUUGUUACCUUACCGUUGCUGUAUGAGGCUUGCCCUUUGACUGGAAAACCUUAUCCCUAUCACAGGAUUCUCCAACCAUGUUCCUGGCGCGCUACCAAGGUUUUCAAUCCAACCACAGAUGUAACUAACCUGAGUCAGUUGAUCAACCAACUAAUUAUUAGAAUCAGGUGCGCUAGAUUAGUGUUUGAGCGACAAUUCAUAAGACGUUAGCUCUCUAGGAACAGGUUUGGAGAGCCCUGCUCUAGCACAUGAAGCACACAGUAUGUGCAUCACCACAAUUAAGUUGUUUUCUUAUAAAUAAUUGUUAAGAUAACAAGCCCAAUUUUGCAAUACUUGUACCAUAAUAGUGACUUGUUAUAUUAUCACAUCCUAGUGGGCAAAAAUGGUGUAAAAUAUGUCUUUUGGAAAGAGAUGUGCAGUGGAAACAACGUAUUUUGAACCAUAUUUGCUCACUGGGAUAUGCUAUAUGUGAUUUUUAACAAUAAUAAUUGAACCAUCUGAGACUGAAUAGGCAAAAAAAACACACAAAAAAAAAGAUAUACUAUAUUGACAACUAAAAUAAUGGAUUAUCUUUGUUAAAAGAUUUUCCAUGUAUUACUGUAACCCCUUUCACUUUUUGAUAAAUUCUCGAAGCCAAUUUCAUCAUUGUCAAUUUGUUUUCUCUCGCGAAUGCAAUGUUUAUGCAUACCAACAGUUUGUAAACUGUAAUGUAAACUCAAAAACAUGAUAAUUCCAUCUUCUGUUUAGACCAAUAUCGCUUCCACUGCUUUAGGGUUUAAUGUUAUUGAUAUGUAUAGAACGUGUUUAAAAGACAGAUAACGUUCAUGACUUUAGACAUCCACGUUGCAUUAAUAAAGAAACACUUUCAUAUAGUGGGUUAUUUCUUGAUCUUUUUUUUCAAUGGAUCUUAUGCGUGUGUAACAUUUAAUGCAUGGAUGAGUAGGAAGGAAAGACGGUCAAUAUACAGAACUAUAUGGACAGCGUGGAAGUCUAUCAUAAUAACACAGAACAAAGAAUGAAUGGCAAUGCUUUUAUAUUUCUGUUACAUACCAUAUAUUUAAGUAUGAAUCGUGUAUUUGAAUCAUAAUCAUGUAUACUUGAAUCAUGUAAAAUAUUGUUUAAAAAAAUUCAUAUCAGUCAUUCUGUAUAAAAUGUCAUAUGAUAAUAAAUGGAUCUUUGUUUGAAA